AUGGACCGCUUGACCAUUCGUCGUGUCUUUUCAGUCCAGAAGUCUCAUAUAUUGCACCACUCGAGCUCGACGCUUGCAACAGCGGCUCCAUCAAGUCAGGACAAAGCGCUAUACACGGUCUAUAAACAGUGUGUAACCCGUGGCGACGUAACCUUUGACCCCAUUCAAGUGCGUGCUGUACAGUACCUGGACGUUUUGUACGACCAUGUGAUAAAUUACAAAGGACCAGAUCUGGAAUUUUCCAGUGCAAGUUCGGGGUCGUGGGUUUCGUGGUGGCAAAAACUUGCAGGCAAAAAAAACAAGACAGAGCAGACGGGGACGGUGGAUGCGCCUAAAGGACUGUAUCUCUACGGUGGCGUGGGUUGUGGCAAAACUUUUGUCAUGGACAUGUUCUUUGAUCAAGUGCCUGUGGAACAGAAGCUGCGCGUGCAUUUUCACGAGUUCAUGUUGGGCAUCCAUAAACGGAUGCAUGACCUGCGGCAAGCAGGUUAUCGGGAAGAUCUGAUUCCACAUAUUGCAGACGAGCUGCUGAAAAAGAGCUGGCUCUUGUGCUUUGAUGAGUUUCAAGUGACGGACGUGGCAGAUGCGUUGAUCUUGCAACGGCUCUUUUCAGCAUUGCUGAAGCGAGGAGUUGUUAUGGUUGCAACAUCCAAUCGACCACCUAGUGAUCUGUACAAGAAUGGACUACAGCGAGAGCUGUUUAUGCCGUUCAUUGAGUUGAUCGGAGAGCGCUGCAAUGUCGUGUCGCUGGAAGAUUCGACGACGGACUACCGCGUGCUGAAGGGUGCUGUGCAUGCUGCUAACGUGUACGACUAUCCGAUCGCUCGAGACACACGUGCUUCAUUUGAUUACGAGUUUGUGGCACAGUGUGGGGGAGAAGAAACGGUAGCGACAGAUGUGACCACACAAGGACGAAAAGUACACGUUCCCGAAGCUGCUGUGAAAGCUGGAGUGUGCCGCUUUUCGUUUAUUGACCUGUGUGAGAAACCGCUGGGUGCGGCAGACUACUUGGCGAUUGCUGAAGCUUUUCCCAUCGUUUUCGUAAGCGACAUUCCUUUACUUGAUGCCGAGCGGCUGAAUCAACUGCGGCGGUUUAUCACAUUUGUCGACUGCAUGUACGACCGGGGUGUGCGAUUACAUUGCCUCGCAGCCGAAAGUCCCGAGCGUCUUUACCAAGUCGACGUUGGCAUGAAGUCGCACGUUGACGAAGCCUUUGCAUUUGAUCGCACGAUUUCUCGUUUGCUUGAGAUGGGGAGUGAGGCGUAUUUGCUGGCACAUGGCGAUCGACAAGCAAACGGCCAGUCUCGCGACCGGUCGUUCUUGGCUUCUGGCAGCACUGGAGCUGCUAAUGGGUCCGAGGAAAGGGUAGACGAAGACGAGCGGCUCCAGUUGAGCUGCUAG